AUGCUGGUCCAUCCGUUUUAUCACUCGCACAACUCGGGACUUAUCACUUUCAACAUGGUCCAAUGGAAUGAUCUGCCCCAGGAAAUGCUCACGUUUGUCAUGGCAUCGUACUCUGGAGUCUACGUGACUAUCGUUUCCUUCUUCUCCGUGCUUUUCACCUACCGCUACUGGAUCAUGAUAAAGUAGGCUGCUGUACUUUUGAGCUAGAGACAUAUAAUAAGAUAAUGUUAUAGUAGCCGUAGGUAUCUGGAGUUUUUCAAAAGCUGCAAAGUCAUCUUUCUCAUCUUCUACGCUCUGACAUUUGGACUGCUCUGCACGGGAAUCGUCAUCUACUGUGGGGACAUAGAUAAAGUUGCGAUGGAGUAUUUCAGAAAACCCUUGAUGGAUAAUUAUGGGCUAGAAGUGGAAAACGUGUCGGGAUACGCUAUAGUAGCGUAUGAAGUAAGAAACAGUCCAUUUUUAGAAGAAAACGUAUUUUAGGGACCUUUCGCAGAGGCAAAGUUCUGGAAAACAUUGCGAUUCAAGAGUUUUAUGCUUACGCACAGCAUUGUCAUGAUGCUGGUGAUCCAGUUUAUAGUCAUGGCCUUCUACGGAUCCCGAAUGCACUUCAGAAUGAACGAAAUGCUCAAUAUGACCUCCACGCCCAACCGCAGACUUCAGAAGCAAUUCUUCAGAUGUCUAGUUCUUCAGGUAAGAUUUUUCAUGCUUUUUCUUCAGCCAAAAUUGGAAUUUCCCGCCAAGUUCUUGUUUUAACGGAACUAAAAUCUAGCUCUAGAAAAUAUGUUGAUUGUAUGAUGAAUGAAAACAAUUUUAUUAAAUAUCACAGCAUUCGGGAAUAUAAUACAGCCAUGUUUACUGGGAAUUGUUUGGUGUAGGAGAAGUCUCGAAAAACGUGAAAAAAUAACUCAAACUAUCCGUCUCUAAUGAGCUAUGAAACUCACGGGAAACAACGGUGAUUCACAAAAUUCUUGCUAUUGUUGAAUUUAGAAAUUUUGAGGAUGAGAUGGUGAUAGAUGUGAGAGUGAUAAUGAUUUUUGGAUCCGUAGAAGCUUCUGAAAAGAUAGUUAAACAUUUUGACAUUACAUAUUUUGGAACUUUUCUGCGGUCAAGUUUUCAUUUACUAUUGAAAAAUGUAGUUUUCAGGUGGUCCCUCCGACGAUUACCUUUUACAUCCCUGCCUUAAUAAUCCUCACUGUCCCGUUCUUCAACUUUCAAUUUGAUCUCCCAACCGGACUGAUUGUCUGCUCCUUCAGCAUCUACCCAGCCAUCGACAGCUGCAUUGUCAUGUGCAUUGUUUCCGAGUACCGGAAAGCUAUCAAAAGUACGAAGAUUGCUAUGGAAAUCGAAAACUUCUUCCAUUUUUAGAGAUGCGUGGAUUGCCGCUCCGGGUGCUCUCUUCUAUUCGAAGAGGAAGUCCUCUGCCAGCCGAAUCGUGACAGUAUUUCUCCGUUUUCCUAGUUUUUGUCAGUUUUGCGGCAUUUUUACGUUUCUGGAAGUGUCCGUGUUGGGGAACUUAAAGACAAAAAAAACAUUGUUUUUUUCUCUUUACAAAGCUUUUUACAGCAAAAAAUCGAACGUUUUUAUGGGUUCUGAUAAGACGUGAUGAUGUCAUCGACAAACACCAGAAACGCGUUGUUGAUUCAUCGGUACGCAAACGAAAAAGGACGGGGCUGAUGAUAAAUUGCGCAAUAGUUGAAAACCCACUAAAGAACGGAUUCAUUUUAAACUGACGCUUCUUUUCAACUGUUUCGUGUUUUUAGUGCAACGUGUCUACUCGAAUACUUCCGUUAGCAUGUCAGAUUCCGAAGAUCUCACUCAAAGAGGAGGAUUGGCGCCAGAUGUAAGUUGUUUCAGCGUCUCAUAUAACUCCCUUCACUUCAGUGCUUCAACUUUGUUCCUCGAACUUACAAGAAGAAGAAGCGAGACGAAAAAAACUCAAAAGUUGUCUUUGAGCCAAGUCUUUCACAAAAACCCAACAAUACCCGAGGAAACAAGAAAGUCAACGCUAAUUAUGAAUAUCGCUUGUAUCACAGAUGUCUAGAUGAUGGUGUGGAUAUUUUCUACAAUCCUGAUGAAGAUGGAAAGGAAAAAAAAAAGAAGAAGUGACUAUAAAUCUUGGUGAUUUGGUUCUGAAGGAAAAAGUGUCAAAGGAAAAGUCGAAAACCAAAACAAAUUGUUCUCAAUUUGAGAUUGCGCAGUCUAGUUCAACCAGAAAUCACGGAAAAGAGAUUGGAACAACUUUUGAAGUAAAUGAACAGACAUCGACAGAAUGUUUGACGAUUAAAAGAAGUAAGUCUAAAUUACUAUUAUCUGGAAUAGAAACUUUAAUUUUUGUAUUUCAGAAGAGCUAUCUGGUUCACAGAAAACUUGCUAA